AUGAUACCCAACAUCACACGUGGCUACAACUCCCAUGUUAAGUCCUAUCCAGACUACCCUGACAUGAAAACACCCUACAUCCCCCUCGACAACACCCUCGGCUGCCUCCUCUUCCUCUGUGCACUGGUCGGUAUUCCUGGCAACAUCCUCGGAGCUCUCUACUUCUCAUCCACCACAACAGAAGAUUCAGUGUCCUUCCUCAACACUAUUAUCUGCAGUGUGGACACCAUCACCUCCAUCACUCACCUCCCUGUUGCUGUAGCUCUGUUCAGAGGGCGGGAACCCGGGAUGUUUGGUAAUUAUCUGUUCUGUGCUCUGUGGGAUGUGAUCUACACGAUCCUUCAGAAGUUAUCCAUGUUCCUGGUACUCCUUCUCAGUACGUUCCGAACAGUGAUAAUAGUGAACCCUUUCUACAAGAUCAGAAUCAGAACAGUGAUAUGCAGUGUGGUGACGUAUGUGGUUAUCCUGGUUCUCAUCCCGGUUCUUCAGUACGUGAUAACACCUCUCCGGGGAGAGUUCAAGUACUCCUGGGACGGUGCCUACUGUUACUAUAACUUCCAGAUGAAGUUUGAGCAUGUUUUCAACCUGAUCCUAGCUGGUCUACCUCCCAUCUUAACCUUCGUAACUCUCCUAGUGUCCGUCUUCAAGCUCCGGUACUCGGUAACUGACUCGAUGAAACGCAAAGCUAGCGUGACUAUAGCAAUGUUCACAACACUGUUUUUAGUGUGUAACCUCCCCCUCUUCAUCAACCUUAUACACAACAUGACGACUCGUUUCUUUAGGGUGGAGUACCCCGGGGUCUACUUCGGUACUCGGUUCAUGUUCUGGUACUCCUGGCACAUUGCAAAGAUUGGUAGUGUAGUGGUUAAUGCAGCUCUAAAUCCAGUUCUGUACUACUGUAGGAUGGGAAGGUUCAGAGCGUGGAGUGACGCAGUGUUCGCCUGCAGUGGAUCAGGAAAGAAGGAUGAUCAGACUGAGACUUCAGUCUAG